AGAAAACUGUCCAAUCAGAAUCUUACCCUGCUCUGGUCAUAGCCAAUGAGGUGGCCCUUUGCUCUUCCCCGAAAACAUGUCGCCCCUGAGAUUGUGUGUCCCAGGUGAGAAACUGUGCAGUGUAGACGACUGCAGAGCUGGCACUGGAGUGUAUCAGCGACAUGGCUACAUAUAUUCCUCCCUCGCUGGCUAUGUGCUGAAGAAAAACGAGGGAGAGGAGCUACCAGUGAUAUCUGUGGUUAGGGAAACAGAAGCACAGCUGCUGCCGGAUGUUGGAGCCAUAGUCACCUGCAAGGUGACUGGCAUCAACUCCAGGUUUGCAAAGGUCCACAUUCUUUACGUCGGGUCCACACCACUGAAAGAUCGCUUCAGAGGGACCAUCAGAAAAGAAGAUGUCAGAGAAUCUGAGAAAGACAAGGUGGACAUACACAAAAGCUUCCGACCUGGUGACAUUGUUCUGGCAAAAGUUAUUUCCCUCGGAGACGUUCAGUCCACAUACUUGCUGACGACGGCAGAGAAUGAGUUGGGUGUGGUGGUGGCUCACAGCGAAGCAGGUGCCCAGAUGAUCCCCAUCAGUUGGCGUGAGAUGCAGUGCCCGCAGACCAAUGCCAAAGAGUUUCGGAAAGUGGCCCGAGUGCAGCCCGAAUACCUGGAAGCAUGAGAGCAACUAAAAGUCUGUCACACCCCGCCUUGGGGGAGAAAACAAGCACCUUCUAUCAAGUGGCCUCCUAACUCUUUUCCUCUGACAUUUGUCUGUUUUUUUUUCUGAUGGGGGCUCAUUAAGUCUUUUGUUUAUGGCUUUUGCUUCUACACAUUUUCAUUGUGCUAGAUUUAGCCCAGCGAGACCAAACUGACAAAGAUUUAUUUUUAUUUCCACAAAAUUUAUUUGUUUUGUUUUUUUAAAGGUCCAAUGGCCAAAAACAGAGAUAGUCAGAGCCAUCCUGAAUAUCGUCCUGGAAACCAGAGUAGGAUUGCAUCCGGUCAGGAUUUAACGUUUUAAGGUUACUAAGAUUUUAGGAAAUUUUCUACCCAGAGGAAAAGGUUCUGUUUCAAAUGAAUUCAAUGUUUUUCUAGUAUUAUUGCAGAGUCGGACAGAAGUAUCUUUGCUGCUGUUCUGCUGAAGGAUGAAGCCACUUAUUUAGAGGCCAUGUCUAAACUUUUGAAGUUAUUAAAGAAAACGGGCACUAAAUAUUUGUGCCCCAUGUCCUUAACUUGUCAUUUUGUCAUCAAUCAAUCAAUGUUAUAAGAAUCAGAGGCCUGUUGUGCCCAACACACCUAAAAUAAAAAAUGUAGGGUCUAAAUUUAAACCGGACCUGAUGGUUUUUUUCUGCUGCCUAGUUUAGGAUUUGUAGCUAAGAUUUAUUCUAAAAAGGACCAACCACGAACAUACAGGGAUGUCUAGAAAUAUUCAUACCACUUUGAAUGAUUCUAAAUCAUCACAAUAAUGUUAAUUCCAUGCUGUCAUAUGAUAAAUCAUCACUUUAAAACUUUAAAUUUAAACAAUCCACUAGACUUGGUUUCCAAGUUUGAAUAUCAUUUCCCAUCCUCAAAAUGUCAGGAAUAGCGUUGAGUUCGAGUUUUUAUACAGUAGUCUAACAAAGCCUUGUUUUUGUUUGGAAAACGUGCUAAUUGGAACAAACGAAGUGAUCUACCCAUUUGGAAUGGGGGUCGUUCGGCUUCUUUUGUUAGACCGCAAUACCCCAUAUCCAUCUUAGUGUCUUUUUCAUUUUUUUUUGGAGUGACUAUGACCUGGAUGACUGAGAACCUUCACCAGCAUAAUGCACUCUAUUUUGGGAAAGACUCCCACGGAAUAAUGCUUGAGAAUGAGAAAUUGGUUUGGAAACUUGCAGAUUAUAGGAACCAUCUUUGUUUCAAUUUAAGAUACAGACAGCAAAGACUUGUUCCCAACUAUCAAUUGUUUUAUUUUUUUUUAUUUUUUUUAUGACUAUGACCUGGAUGAUUGAGAACCUUCACCAGCAAACACAAAGAAUUGCAUAAACCUGAAAUUGGAGAAAGAAAUGCAUGGUUUUCAAAUUUGUAGAUUCAUGUAUCAGUUCUUCCCAGCCCACUGCUUUCCAGAGUUGAUAAGAGUCCCCCUGCUUUUGAAUUAAGUCUGAGAAAUUAGUUUUGUGAUAGAACAAAAUGGCAAACUUUGAGCAUCUUAGAGACCUGAUCAGCCAGAUAUCUUUAAAUGAGAAGAAUAUAACAGCUGCAAUCCUAACAGACUGUGACCUAUCAUCUAAA